AUGAGUUAUUCGGAUUCGGCCUACGGGUCAGCCAGCGAAUCAUGUAACCCGGCAACUCACGACGUUAGUCGUGUUAGCUACCAUGUCAGGCAUCUUGAAACCUUUGCUCAAGCCCUCGAAGAGCUGGAGGAUCUGGAAAAAUGUUUUCGAGAAGAUUACCGUUACGGCACCGAUAUCUUCGCCAUCCCAACCGAGAACUCCCAUCUCGAACUAAUGCUCAAGAUUGGCGACAUGAUUAAACAACAUGAGGACAAGAAGACCCUCUUCAUUGUCUACUACGGAGGUCAUGCCCGGAUUGACGAUUCGCGCCAGAGUACGUGGUGUGCGACACGGAAUCCGAACUCCCCAUGGCUACAGUGGUCCGCAAUUCAGACACUCCUCGAAAGAUCCCCCUCUGAUGUCUUGAUUCUUCUUGACUGCUGCGCAGGGGCAGCUAGUGCCACCUUCUCAAGUGGCCAAAGCAUAACUGAAACCAUUUCAGCAUCAACUUGGGAUGCUAUUGCCCCUAACCCAGGCCGAUACUCUUUCACCAAUGCCUUGAUUGAAGUCCUUCAGGAAUGGCGGCACAGAACCUUCUCGGCUGCAAUGUUACAUGCCGAGAUUCUCGCACGUCUGAAACAUCCCAGACCAGUUCUGAUCAACGGCAAACACUUUGAAUCCAGGUCAACGCCUGUGCAUUUCAUGAUGACGUCCAACCACAAAGCACCGAGCAUAGAGAUUGGCCGACUUGUUCCGGAUUCCAGACGCUCACUAUCACCGUAUCAGCAGCAGCAUGUCGUUACCAGUCCACGACAAGACGACUGGCCGUUGUCACCACGAUCAACAUAUCCAUAUCUCCCUGGCAUGUCUGCUCCGAUGAUUGGUGAGCCAAACGAAGACGAGCCUCAUGUCAUGCUCUCUUUAGCCCUUGAAGGUGACCAGCGAUUGGACUUCAGUGCUUGGGAGCAGUGGUUAGCCAGCUUCCCAGCCAUCGCCAAGUCCAACAAUCUGUGCCGUGAACUGGGCACAACAAAAUCGCCGCACGAAAACGAUGUGACUGCCAGGAACGAAGAAGAUGAGCAUCAGGCGAUGGAUGCUGAUACGGAGUCAUUGAUGUCCGAGAUGGCUACCAAUUACCCUGGAGACACCCAUCGGACUGAUGUUCAAGCAGCAAGCACACCAGUUUGGCCACCGGAGCAAGUUAGCGACCCUACAGAUCAGGCCCGAGACUUGACUCGAGAGGCGAUUGCUCACUUGGAGGACUGUUUUCGGAAGGACCCGCAGCCGAGUGAAACAAUCAUCGACGUUCUUGCUUUCACUCUCGAUGUGCAUCCAAAUAAAAUCAAAGUCUGGUUUGACCAGCGCCGGCAGCAUGAGCAAACAACCCUCAACCUCCAGGGUCUUCAUUACCGCAGCUCAGCAGACCAGACUCCUGCCACCAAAGAAGGCAGUGCUCGCAUGAUCCUUCCAGGCCACCUCAACACAAUUCUCACCAUCUACCCCCACCGAGGCGCUGUCCUUUUACUCGAUCUCCGCUCCUCCACCGACUUUGAAAAGUCUCACAUCUCCUCCGCCAUAAACCUCCGCUGCCCCGUCUCCUUCAUUCAGCAUGCCUCCCUCGAGAUGAUCGAAGACACCUUCACCGACGUCUCAUCUCGCCACUCCUUCAACAGCUGGUAUCAGUCCCGCUGUGUAGUGCUGUAUGACCGCCGCAUAGAAUUUGACUGGGAAUGCCCCAUUGCCAACGCACUGCUGACCAAAUUCCGCGGAAAUGGCUGGAAGGGCCAGUGUUUUAUCUUGAAGGGCCACUAUAGGGAGUUUGCUGAUAGUUUUGACAAGUGGAUCACCGGCAAAGGGAAGAAUACUGCCGAAUUCAGUUCGGGGAAGUUGCUUGAGAGCGAGACAUCAUAUUACAACGAUGCAACUGAGGAAGAAGAACAGAGACAGAGGAGAGAUAGGGAGUAUGAGCGGUGGCUUAAGGAGUUUGACGAAAGUGGCGAAGGGCUUGGAGGCAGGCGGAUCACCGAGCUGGGCCCGGCUAAGAGAGAGGAGAGGGCCCGGGCCGUGGAUCAGAGACAGAUAGAGCUAGAGAGGGAACUGGAGGCGAGAUUUCCGGCGCUGUGGAGGAAGGUAGUGGCCAUUCGAGGCCAAUGUGAAGGGCGUGCUGGUGGUGAGGGCGAGUCACUUUACAGCCGACAUGGAGGGGGCCCACCAACUACUAUUCAAAGCGACGAAAUCGGUGAAGGGUCUGUUUCCCCUCCUCAAUCACCACCUCCUCCGCCAUUCAGCCCAACCGCAGACAUGUCGGUACAAGCUUCUAGCGGCGGCCAAUUCCCAAUGUACGACAAAGCACAACUGGUGGAGCCCUUGGUCAGUGGUCUGCAAAAAAUGCGUGAAGCAAGUGGCUUGAGCUUGGGUCUGAUGAGUCAAGACCCAGCCUUCGCUAUGAAUUCUUCCAGUCAUUCUCAGUUUGCUGGUGAUAGGGGACUCGGCUCUACAUCACACGCAUACGCCCCAGAAAAGGCUGGCUCCUAUGACCAAGGAGGUUUGACGGAUGACUACAAUAACUACUCUGAUGGGGUGGUCGAUCCGGUUUCUGAAAGUUGGCAAGGAUUUGGUGGCGGCAUGGAAAUGGCUAGUGGGACGGUGUCGCCGAUACCGCCGGAGUGGCAGGAUGACAGUGUGCAUGUUCCUACUACCCAUUACGAAGUUUCGAUGAAUGCUGCUUUAACUGCCUACGUAACGCACAGCGGGUAUUUUACCCGCGCUUGUCUUGGUCUAUAUCACGCCAAAUUUCAUUCGACCUAUGGCCACUGUAAGUUUCCGCGAUAG